AUGGCCGACUCAACAAUAGAACCACAAGCGUCUACUCCGGGCAAAGCAAACCUGCGCAAACGACCAGCGACGCCACCUCCCGCCGACAGCGAUGAUAGCGACUACUCAUCGUCAGAAGACGAGUCGGGACAGCGCGUUAAGCGGCACAAGAAAACUGCCACCGUCACAGCAUCCUCAAAAGUCUUGGCAACAGGGAAGAUGGAUCUUCAAGCGACGGUUUAUACAGCAGACCGCCAUGUACCCAUUACAAGUACCAAUGACGCGACAAAACAUAGCAACUGGUACGACGAGAACUCUCAGGAUGCGCUAUCAGCAAAGAACCUCCUAGGCUCAACAAGUGCUGCCGCAAAGGACUCGCAGCCAGAUGGAACAUACAAAGGACUCGCAAAUCAGACUACUUUCAUCCAAAAGAACCCCGAUGCGCCCAACAGAGCGAAGGGUCCCGUCAAGGCCUCAUCAAACGUCCGUACCAUCACGGUCAUGGACUUCAAACCAGACGUCUGCAAAGAUUACAAGAAGACCGGCUGUGUGUGUGUGUGUGUGUGUGUGUUGCGUGUGUUCGCCCAUAUUCGAGACGAUGUGAAGCAAGGCUGGCAACUUGACAGAGAGUGGGAAGAAGUUACAAAAGGGAAGAAGAACCUAGGUGGUACCGUCGUUGCGAGCGCCAACCGCGACAAGAAGGUUGAGAACACAGACGACGCAGACGAGAUUGCUAUGCUUGAAAAGAUCCCUUUUGCAUGUAUUAUUUGCGAGGGACCGUAUAGAGAACCUAUCCAGACAAGAUGCGGACACUACUUUUGCGAGCCAUGUGCUCUCCAGAGAUACAGAAAAGACCCGACAUGCGCUGCAUGCGGAGCUGGCACGAAUGGUGUGUUCAACUCAGCGAAGAAGCUGAAGAAGCUAUUAGAGAAAAAGAAAGAGCGUGAAGAGCAGAAGAAAAAGGAAGAGGAAGAGGCUCAGGAAGAGCAGUGA